AUGGAGGAAGCUUUAGCGAAAAUAUUGAGAGAGUAUGCAGAGCUUAGAAAUAUACCAGCAGAGGGUGGGAUUUAUCAGAGUAAGUUAUGGGAAGAUAUACAAACACAACUGGAGCUUUUUAUUACGGAUAUGAAAGAUGACAGUGAGUACAACAAUGCUAAGAACUGUGAGAAUGCAUACUGGCAGCAUCCAAAUGAUGAUGGACAGCCGAACCAACCACCAAGGGAAAUGACCAGGAGCAAAGAAAGAGUUAUAUGCAGACUCAUGACGCAAGCGAUAUACUUUGCGAACGCAUGGAGUGACGCAGUAAGGAAAAACAUAGGCCACGAUACACAUAGUCACGAUAUUAAGGGGUUGAUGAGAUGCACCAUAGCGGAUAUAUACCAAGACAUACUCAGGACAUAUGCAUGCGAGGGUCACUGGGGCACAUAUUACGCAUGGUGGGUGGUGGACCACAUGUGGCCAGCAAUGACGGACAUGUGGGGCCAGCAGCAUUGUAAGAAGGGGAAGUACAGGGAUAUAGAAUUGAAGAAUUGGGACAUGAGGAGUAAGAUGAAGACAUGGCUAAAGCAGGAUGCACGCGUGAAGAAGAAACUUGCACAGGAACAGAUAAUCAAUGGCUGCAAGGGAGGAACCGUAAGGACGAGAGCACAACUGCAGAGGGAAGAAGGUAUAACACAACCAGAGGCUGGAAACAAGGAAGAGAUAGAACUGAAGAAUCAAAUGAAGGCGGACAUACAGGAAAUUUUUGGCAACAUGAAGACAGACAUGAAGCCGAAGGAGAUCACCUUACCGGCGUCACCUGCGCGAGCACCCCCGGGCCCUUCUGUGGUCGAGGCAGACGAAAAAGAGAAUGCCGAGAUAGAGGACCACAUAAAACAAGCAAUCGAGGACGCGAGAGAAGAAUUAAAAAAAGUAAUCGUUAAUCCCGACUCGGAAAGAAAAGCAAAAGACAGACGAGUCGAGGCAAAACCAGCAGAAACAGCAACGCCGGAAACGACACCACCAAAGGCAUCGCCAGGACAACCGGAAGCAGAGGAACCAAAAGAAACAACACCAGAAGCAGGGACAACUACAACACCUUCCACAGUAUCAGUACCCCCAUCAGAUGCAGUCCUGGAAGCACCUUCGACACCAUCAUCACCUGCAGCAGGAAAAGACGGAACAGACCCAGCAAGUACAGGUAAUGGUAGCACACACACAACAUCGGACCCGGCAGCAGCAGCACCACCCUCCGGUAAGGAGACAGAAGGAAGUAACCAUAGUUGUUCCACUGGUGGCACUGCGGGUACAGGCAUUGUAAUUUCCUGUGGGCGCGCAGAAGGCCCUGGUGUAACACCUCCCGCCAAUCUGGACGACUUAAUUCGUGGACCACCCGAAGGAACUAACGCAGGGGAAAACAAAGAGACAACGGAUCAACAAAAAACAGCAGCAGCACCAGCAGGCACACCAGCCGAACAACCAACACCACCAUCAAAGGGACACGAUACACCAGGAACACCAACAGACACACCAUCAACAGUAACAGCACCAGACGGGACUAAGACUGCUAAGAACGAUGGGGAUCCCGCCGCCACUGCCGUCGUCGACGGAGGCAACGAUGACCCCCCUCCUCUCAAUCCACCCAAACCAAAACCGGCAUCCGACAAUCCAGAUCAAUCGGGUAGUAGUGGCAGUUUCAGUGAUGCCGAUUUGGCGGAUGGAGUUUCUGGUGGGGAAGGAAAAAAGGAUGGUGCUGCUGGGGGUGCAGCAGGAGGUGGGGAUGGAGGAGGUGGCAGUGCAGGCGACCCCGGUUCCCCUGCUACAGGUUCUACUGGUCACCAAAACCCUGGUUCCUCUGGUCCAGGUUCCGCUUCGCCCGGUGUUGACACUACCAGACAAGGCACUGUACCAAGUGGAGGAGGGGCUUCUGGAGCAGGUGGUUCCCCUGCUUCCGGUGGCCAGGACCCACCGAACAAGCAAGUUCCACCCAUCCUCCCUCUUCCCUCGAAACCCUUCGACCCUCGAGACCUUAUCCCGUACACGCCCGCGAUCAUUCCCGCUGUUGUGGGUAUUGGGAUAAUUGCGUUCUUCCUAUGGAAGUAUUUUGCGUACCUCGGAACAAACACGACGACGAACAUAUCGAACCGUUCGUGA